GGUCGACGUGGAAGCAGCAGCUUCGCGGCCAACUUCCGGGUUAACGGCGGCGGCCGCGGCAGCGGAGGGGGUCGGCGCGGUUUCUCUGAGAGGGAAGCGACGCGGGAAAGCGCCUCAGCCAUGGGUGGGUUUUUUUCAACCAUCUUUUCCAGUUUAUUUGGUACACGGGAGAUGAGAAUUCUAAUUUUGGGAUUAGAUGGAGCAGGAAAGACAACAAUUCUCUACAGGUUGCAAGUUGGAGAAGUUGUGACUACCAUUCCUACAAUUGGUUUCAAUGUUGAGACAGUAACCUACAAGAAUCUGAAGUUCCAAGUCUGGGACUUAGGAGGACAGACAAGCAUCAGGCCGUAUUGGAGAUGUUACUAUUCCAAUACAGAUGCAGUCAUUUAUGUAGUUGACAGCUGUGACAGGGACAGAAUUGGAAUUUCAAAGUCUGAGCUUGUUGCCAUGUUGGAGGAGGAAGAACUAAAGAAAGCCAUUUUAGUGGUAUUUGCAAACAAACAAGAUAUGGAACAAGCUAUGACUCCAACAGAAAUGGCAAAUGCACUUGGACUUCCAGCUCUGAAGGAUAGAAAAUGGCAGAUAUUCAAGACAUCUGCAACCAAAGGCACUGGACUUGAUGAGGCAAUGGAGUGGUUGGUGGAGACUUUGAAGAGCAGACAGUGAAAUGGACUUGAAAGUUUCCUUCAGCUGUCAUAUGAAUGAAAUGCAAUUCUGUAAAUAGGACUGGCCGAAUAACUUUUGAAAGGAAUGAGGCUUCUUUGCAUUGUAAAUCACACUGAAUCAACUGAAUGUUUGUCUGUAUACUAUGUUUAAAAUACUACAUUCUUUUUUGUGUAAGUUAUGUAACAUCAAUUUUUAUGACAGUCAUAUAACCGAUAGUCCACGAGAAUAAAUUGGAAUAAACAUUUGCUACUUGGAAUUCUAAGUGUUUGAAACUAUUUAACACUAAUAAAUAUAUUUAACUAUCA